UUUUACGGUUGUAUUUCGUUGCGAAUGUGUCGUUUCUGCGCUAACGUGUUUCGCGAAAGUGUUAGUUGAUUGUUCGUGCGUGCAUUAUCGGCUUCUAAGUGAUCAAGUGCAUGGGCUGUAAUGUCGUCCACCGUAAAAUUUACUUCGGACGAGAUUCUGGGUGAAUCAUGGGUUGAAUUGAAUCCUGUCCCCGACAGGAUAACACCAUUACCGUUCAGCAGUGGCGGAGAAGAAUAUUUACGACUUCUUAGGGAAGCGCAAAGGGAUUCUCUACCCUCGUCUGCUAAGCAUUCUUUGGCAUCUUCUCGUCGAGGCACGCCUCGAGAUAGUCCGAAGAGUCCGCCGAACAGCCCAAAUACAGAACUAUCAACUGAAGAUGAGCUCAAGGGAGUCUAUAUAAAUUACUGCUGCAACAAGGAAACAGAGCUUUUGGAGAAGAACACAGAUUGGAUUUACGAAUGGAGCUCGCGACCGGAUCAAGCACCACCAAAAGACUGGAAGUUCAAACAUCCUCAGGGAAUGACCAAAAAAAAAUCCUAUAGCAUUCGUACAACUAAAGUCGGCAAGGUUGGGUUGUUCUCAAAAGAGGUGCUUUAUACUCUUUUCAUUACGAACAUUCUGUCUGUAUUGGUUGGCGCUGGGCUAGGAGUUUGGUUGUCUAGGCGAGGAUCGAUAACAUCCAGCGUGACCAUCGAAUGAAAAAGAACGGCUAAGUACACGAAAGUCAGGACUGCUGCGCUAGAGUUUGCGAGAAAACGGAGAAAGAAUUUGGUCUGUGUUGAGCCGCUAGAAAGACUGAAGAACCGAGAAAAAGGGUCGAUCGAGCCUAACAAAACACACAACAUAUUAUUUCGAUUACUACAAUUUAAUAUUAGCACUUUCUAUUCUAUUCUUCCCUGCCCAAAAAAACUUAACGGUGUACU